AUUCAUUUCAAUAUAUUUACAAAAGGAAUUAGGUCUAAAUGCCCGAUUACACAUUUCAUGUGGACAAAUAUGCUUUUAGCAUGCUCGACAAAAUCAACUCUCAUUCGACUUGUGAUCUACCAUAUACAGGUAAGCUGCUUGAGAACACAGAAAACAUGCCCAAGCAUCGAUGGCGCGAAGCGGUCAAGGUCUUUUUUGGAAAUCAUGUUGAUCCCGAACGUGACGAGGAGCUGAGAGAAACCAAAGCAGUAAUCGAGGGAAACGUGCAGAAGAUCAUACAGAUUCUUAAAGACGAUGGUGGGAAAGAACCACUGGCUGAUCUGAUUGAGGAUUUCCACAAUCAGUACCAGUCUCUGUACGCGCGUUAUGAUAAUCUGACUGAGGAGUUGAGAAAAAAGGCAAACGGGAAACAUGGGAAGGGCAGUUCUUCUUCGUCCAGCUCUGAUUCCUCGGACUCAGAUGGUUCUUCGCACAGGGGAAAAAGAGGCUCGAAGAAAGCAACAGCUGUCGAGCAAGAACUGGCUGAGAUUGCUGACUUGAAGAGAAAGCUUGCAAUCACUGUUUACGAAAAGGAAACGCUGCAUCAGGAAUGUCAAAAUUUGAAACUGGAACUGGAGAAUUCGGUUAAGAUACACACCGAGUUGAACCAGAAGCUGGAAGAGAUGAAGAUCGACAGAGAUGCAGCCGUUGCCAUCCAUGAGGAGGAGAAGGGAAUUGCUGAAGAGGUGAGAACCAUCAAUAGCCAGCUUCAAAAGGAGAGAGAAGCCAUACAGCUAGAGGUGGAAGCAAUCGAGGGGGAACUCUCUACUUCAAAGGAGAAACUGGACUCCGCGGAAAGUGAAAUCAGUAAGCUGCGUGAGAUGCAAGACAAUGAUAAAGACGAGAGAACUAAUCUUACCUUAAAGAUUUUACAGUUUGAGAAUGAUAUAAAACAAGCUGAGACCAAGUUUCAGGAUCUUUUAUCUGAAUCAAACCAGUUAAGAGAAAGACUGGGAGAGAAAGAAAGGGAGCUUGCAAGUCAUCUGGAGACUCACGAGGCUCACAAACAAGAAGCAAAACAACGACUGGAAUCCACAGAAAGAGAAAUGGUCGAGCUAAAUCAGAUUCACACGGCCUCUCAAGAGGAGAACAGUAGUCUCUCCUCAAAAAUUUUGAAUCUCGAGGAAGAGAUCAAACAGGCUGUAAGCAAGAUUGAAGAUCUCAACACCGAAUCCAGCCAGUUGAGGGAAAAUUUGGCUGAGAAAGAAAGGCAGCUGUCAAGUCACCUUGUGACUCACGAGGCCCACAAAAAGGACGCACUGGAGAAGCUGGAGCAAGCAUCAGAAGAAAUCGCUAAGCUUAGUCAGAUGCAAAAGGCUACCGAAGAGGAGAAAACUAGUCUUACUUCAAAGAUUUCACAGCUUGAGGAUGACAUUAGACGGGCUGAAAAAGAGAUUCAAGAUCUUAUUACAGAGUCGGGCAUGUUGAGAGAAAAUAUGAUUGAGAAAGAAAGGGAGCUUUCAUCUCACAUUGUUACUCAUGAGGCGUACAAAGAGGAUUCACUAGAGAAACUGGAGAAAGCAGAAGAAGAAAUCACUAAGCUUCGUCAGAUGCAUAAGGCUGCUGAAGAGGAGAAUACUAAUUAUUCUUCAAAAAUUUCACAGCUUGACGAUGAUAUUAGACAGGCUGAAAACAAAAUUCAAGAUCUUAUUACCGAUUCUAGCCAGUUGAGGGAGAAAUCGGCUGAGCAGGAGAGGGAGCUUUCAAGUCACCUUGAGAUUUAUGAAGCUCACAAAAUGGAAGCACUGGAGAAACUGAAGACAGCAACUGCAGAAAUCACUAAGCUUAGUCAGAUGCAUAAGACUGCUGAAGAGGAGAAAACCAAUUUGUCUUCAACAAUUUCACAGCUUGAGGAUGAGAUUAAACGGGCUGAAAACAAGAUUCAUGAUCUUUUUACUGAAUCAAGCCUGUUGACUGAAAAGUUGGAAACAAAGGAAAGAGAGUUGUCAAGCCACAUGGAGAUUCACGAGUCUCACACAGUACAAGCAUCAACUCGUACGAGGGAAUUGGAGCUGGAACUUGAUUCAUCACACACGAAAAGAAGAGACAUUGAGAAACAGAAAGAUGAUGAAAUCUCUGCUCUUUUCCAAAAACUCGAAGAUCAAGAAAGGUCAUCAUUAUCACAUGUAAAUGAUCUAAAAGAGCAGAUCAACAAUACCCAGGCUGAGGCAGAGUCCUUGCUGAUUCAAAAGGGCGAGCUGGAAGCACAAUUAGCACAGAAAGAGAUUGAAUCCUCUGCUCAAGUCAAGGACUUGAAAGAUAAGAUCCAUGAAAAGCAGGUGGAACUGGAAACCUUGCUCAGUCAAAAAAUGGAAUCAGAGGUGCAUCUUGAAAAAAGAGUUGAAGAAAUCUCUGUAUUCUUACUCCAGAUUGAGACUCUGAAAGAAGAGCUGACAAAUAAAAGCUCGGAGCUAAAGGGGAAAAUUGAAGAAAAGGAGACUCUUCUGGGACGAGUAAAAGAUCUGGAACUGAAGCUCAACUCCACAUGCAGUAUGAAACUGGAAUUAGAGGAACAGCUGAAUAGCAAAAGCCAAGAAAUUUCAGAAUUUGUAAUUCAGACAGAGACUUUGAAAAAAGAAUUAGAAGACAGGAGUUCAGAAAAACAGAAAACGGUGGAAGAGAAAGAGAUUCUUGUGUCGCAAAUUAAAGACCUUAAUCUGGAGUUCAACACCCUGAGCAACCAGAAUAACAAACUUGAAGAGCAGUUGAAGAGACAAGGUGAGGAACUUAGUGAGUUGCAAGAGGAAAACGGAAAGCUGCAAGAAAAAGCUGCUGAGAUGGAGAGAGCAUUGACUGAGAAAGAGCAUGAACUCUCUAGUUUACAGAAAAAAUCCGAAGACGGAGAGAGAGAAGCACUCGCUCGGAUUGCUGCAGUUACUGCAGAAGUAAGCAGUCUACAAGAGCAAUUAGGUUCUUUGGCUGCCCUAAGAAGUGAGGCAGAUAUCAUUCUCGACAGAAAGACUGGAGAAAUAUCAGAGCUUCAGCUACAGAUUGAAAAGCUAAAAGAAGAACUAUCAGGCAAAACUGCUUAUGGAGAAAAGUUACUUGAAGAGAAGGAAAUUCUGACAGUACAGCUAAACGAUCUGAAUCUAGAGUUGGAGACUCUUCGCCAACAAAAUGGUGAAAUGGAAGAUCAAAUAAACAUCAAAGUUAGUGAGGGAGAGCAACUAAGGGGGGAGAUAGAUGGCCUAGACAGCAAGAUUUGUGAGUUGGAGACUACACUAGCAGAGAGAGGCAAUGAACUCUUAACUGUUCAGAAAAAAAUGGAUGAUCUGCAGAAUGAGUCAUCCGCCGAAAUUUCUUCCUUGAAAGAACAGAUUAAUGCUUUUCAACAGCACCUGGAACUGCUGGAAUCUCAGAAAAGAGGAUUGGAAGUGGAAAUUGAGAAAAGCAAGCAAGAGGCCGCGGAAUAUUUGGCUCUCACUGAGAAUAAUAAUGCUGAAUUAGUUAAUAAGAUCAACGAGCAGGAGAAGAAACUGCAAGAACACGAAGAUGCGCAAAGCAGAUUGUGUGAGGAGCUCAAAAAACUGGAAAAUCAGUUCCAAAGCUGUGGAGAACGUCUGAGAUCAUCUGAAAAGAAGAUAGAAGAGAUGACCCAGCAGUUUGAAAUUGACAUGUAUGCGAAAAAUCAAGAAGUGAAUGAGCUGGAAGAAAACAUAGAAGGGCUAAAGAGAGAUCUCGAGAUGAAAACAGAUGACUUCUGUACACUGGAAGACAAUGUUCGGAACAUUGAGGUCAAGCAACGUUUAACUAGCCAGAAGCUCCGUGUCACAGAGCAGUUGUUGGUUGAGAAAGACGAGAGCUACUUGAAAAAGGAAGAGAAGUUACUGGAAGAGCAGAAAUCACUACAAGAGAUAAUUGCUACACUUUCAGGGAUCGUUCAAACAUAUAAAGAGGCUCAAGUGAGAGUGGUUGGAGAGAUAUCACAUAAGUUGAACGACACUUUAACAGGCAUAGAUGCAUUCCACAUGAAGUUUGAGGAAGACUAUGGCCACAUAGAGUCUCGUAUCUAUGAAACAGUAAAUGAGCUCAAGAUCACAACAAACUGCAUCAAAGAUAGUAACAUCGAGAAAGAUCAGCUUAGGAGGGAAAUCACUGUUUUGUCACAGCAACUGAGUGAUGAGAAGGGUAACAGUAUGCACCUCAAGGGAAGGAUUGGUGAGUUAGAAACUACACUGCAAAAAGACGAGGACGAAAAGGAUUGCUUGAUCAAAACUGUUAGAGAGAGGGAGACGAAGAUGGGAGAGCUUGAGAAAAUAGUAAUAGAAAUGGAUGAGAAAACGAGAAAGUUGGAGAUGAAGAUGAAGGAAAAUGAGGCUGGAUUUGAGAGCUUGAUUGAGGAGAAAAGAGAGGCCAUAAGACAGUUGUGCAUAUGGAUUGAAUACCACCGCAGUCGCAACGACGAGCUAAAAGAUAUGAUUGCCAAAACAAUGAGAAGGUAGAUGCAUUGAGAAAAAUUUACUCUCUCUGCACUGUUAUACUUUUAAGUCUUUUUCCCUUGCUCCUUUGUCAGCAUUGAGGAAAAUUUGCUAGAUGUUGUCAGUAAUAUACAUAAAUUUUCAUUUUUUUGAGGUCAAGAUAGGGUGUGGUGUGUAUGGGGAUAAUUAUUCCAAUUUGUUUUUGUUUCUAUAGUCAGUAUUCAAUUUAUUUUUCGGGUUGGGUACAACAAAUAUUUUCAUGAUUUUAUCACAAAACAUUUGUUGUAAAGUAAAUUCCAAAGAAGUGUGGCUUCUUUUCUCUCUCU